CACAACUGGCUCAAGAACAUGAAGUUCCUUCAAUUUUCUGUGCUUCCAUUUCUUAUGGUGAUAUUGUCAGUGAGUGGGGCAAAUUUAGCUCGUCAUCCUCAUCGGGAUUUCCUUCGUUGCCUUUCUCUUCGUAUAGCAAACUCUUCUACCAUUACUUACACCCAAAAUAAUCCCUCCUAUUCAUCGGUUUUGAAUGCUUCUAUUCAUAAUUCCAGGUUCUCUACACCAACCACCCCUAAACCCUAUGCCAUUAUUACACCACUCAAAACAUCCCAUGUCCAAUCAACAAUUUAUUGUUCCAAAAACCAUGGCUUCCAACUUAGGAUUCGAAGUGGUGGUCAUGAUGUUGAGGGUGUUUCUUAUGUUUCUCAGGUUCCAUUUGUCAUCCUUGAUUUGGUCAACUUUCGAGAUGUCAAAGUUGACACAAAAAAUGAAGUUGCCUGGGUUCAAUCUGGUGCAACUACAGGUGAAUUAUAUUAUGGGAUUGCUUCGAAGACACAGACGCUCGGCUUUCCUGCUGGUAUUUGCCACACUAUAGGCAUUGGUGGGCAUUUAAGUGGGGGUGGAUUUGGCAUAUUGGGCCGCAAAUAUGGUCUUGCUGCUGACCAUAUAAUUGAUGCUAAAAUGAUUGAUGCUAAUGGAAGGGUCUUUCAUCGAAAAUCCAUGGGUGAAGAUUUGUUUUGGGCUAUCCGAGGAGGUGGAGGAAAUACCUUUGGAGUUGUUGUUGCUUGGAAAAUAAAGUUAGUCGCUGUUCCACCUGUUGUAACUGUGUUUACAGUUAACAAGAACUUGGAACAAAAUGCAACCAAAAUCUUCCAUCGAUGGCAAAACAUUGCUCACAAGUUACCCAAGGAUUUAUUUACGUCUGUUUGGGUAAUGAAGGUGAAUUCCAGUCAAGUAGGGAAGAAAACAGUUCAAGCUUCUUUUAAAGGCAUGUUUCUUGGUAGGAUUGAUGUGUUGAUUCCAUUGAUCCAAUACUCGUUUCCAGAGCUAGGACUUGCCAGAGAGAAUUGUACCGAAAUGAGUUGGGUUCAAUCUGUUCUUUACUAUGGAGCACUUCCAAUUGAACCUGUGGAGAUUUUGCUUAAUAGAAGUGCUCUUCCAAGAUUAAGUCUCAAAGCCAAAACGGACUACAUCAGGGAACCGAUGUCCGAAACUGGAAUCGAAGGGUUCAUGAACAUGUUUCUUGAGGAAGGAACUGACUUUGCUAUAACGAUGAUAGAGGCUUUCGGAGGCAAAAUGGAUGAAAUCCGGGAAAGUGAAAUACCUUUCCCACAUAGAUCAGGCAUCUUGUUCGAAUCCGUUUACAUUGUACAAUGGGCAAAUGAAGAAGAUGCAGGACUGUGCAUAAAUUGGAUGCGAAGACUUUACAGUUAUAUGUCCAGUUAUGCUUCGAAAUCUCUGAGAGGAGCAUAUUAUAAUUACAAGGAUCUAGAUCUUGGAACUAACAACAUUAAUGGUUACACAAGUUACGAACAAGCCAGCGUUUGGGGUCUUAAAUAUUUCAGGAACAACUUCAAAAGAUUGGUGAGAAUAAAGACCAUGAUUGAUCCAAUGAAUUUCUUUAGUAAUGAGCAAAGUAUCCCUCCUCUUUUGUCUCCAUGAAAGAAGAAAGGUCGUCAGGGUUGAAGAUUUUAGAGUUUUUUCUUAAAUAUGAAAUAAUAUUUGGAUGCAAAGUAAUAUUAUAUUGUAAUACAAAGAGUUUCCUUUUUACUAUAUAUGUCGUCAUGUCAUCAAUAAUUUAGUGCAUAAUGUAUUAAUUAAAUCAUAAUUUUAUUUUUAUUCUAAAAUAA